ACAGCAGUCUGCUUAAACAUGUCGCCAUUGAAACAAAAAUUGCCGAAGUUCAUAGCAUUACUGCUAUUGGUCGUCGCGCUCCCGAACUACAACACUGCCGAAGCGGGACUCACUGCCGCUUGCGAUCUGGCAGCAGACAAUGAUGACUGCAUGGAAAGCGCUAUGCACCCGAAUUUUCCAACAAAACGCACUAAUGAGGCAUACAGCGAACCAGAGUUUACUAGUGACUUUUGGCUGGAGCUGAGUAAGAAAUUUGUGCGCCAGCAAACGUUUGCGCAGCGCAAUAAGCGUGUAGCUAAGAAUGUUAUACUCUUUUUGGGCGAUGGCAUGGGCUUGACGACGUUUGCGGCAGCGCGCAACCUACUCGGCGGUCCCGAGAAACAGUUGUCGUUCGAGAAAUUUCCCUACACCGGUUUCUCGAAAACAUACUCGGUGAAUACGAUGGUGCCCGAUUCGGCGGUCACAUCCACCGCUUACCUGUGCGGUGUUAAGGGUAAUCACGGUACGAUCGGCGUUAAUGGACGCGUUAAACGUACCGAUUGCGCGGGUAUGGCCGAUACGAGUAAUCACGUGCAUUCGAUUGCAAAGUGGGCGUUGGACGCUGGCAAAUCUGCCGGUCUAGUGACGACAACACGCGUCACGCACGCCUCGCCGGCAGGUGUCUACGCGCAUGUGGCGGAUCGUGAGUGGGAGAAUGAUGCGGUGUUGUCGGAUGAUUGUGGCGCCGAUUCGGGUCUAGCGGACAUUGCGCAACAACUGAUCCACGGUGAGGUUGGCAAGCGGUUGAAAGUGAUCUUCGGCGGUGGCAAGCGUGAAUUUUUAGACACGCAGUUCUUUAAGAAGGGCAAACGCCAGGAUGGACGCAAUUUGAUUGAGGAGUACCUGCAACAGUCCUCGGAUAAUGCUUAUGUGGAGACGCGUGAUGAGUUGCUCAACUUGAAUUUGAAUUCUUAUAAACGCGUGUUGGGUCUGUUCGAGCGUUCGCACUUGGAAUAUCACUUGGACGCGGCCGAUACGCAACCGACAUUGAAGGAAAUGACCGUGCGCGCUAUUGAGAUGCUACAAAAGGACGAUAACGGUUUCUUUCUCUUCGUCGAAGGCGGUCGUAUUGAUACCGCGCAUCAUUCAAAUAUGGCGGAAUAUGCUUUAGAUGAGACGGUCGAGUUUUCAAAAGCAAUCGAAGCAGGACGUGAAUUGACUUCGGAGGAGGAUACGCUUAUUGUUGUUACCGCAGAUCAUUCGCACGGCUUCAGUUACUCGGGCUAUCAGGAUCGUGAUAGCGAUAUAUUCAAUGUCGCACCAUCUGAAGCUGCUGAUGACCUACCCUAUCUAACGCUGAGCUAUGCCAAUGGUCCCGGUUUCGAGGAUUAUUAUAAUACGAAUAAAUAUAAACGUCGUAAUCCAACAAAAGUGCGCCCUGGUGUGAACACCUUCCCCGCCACAGCACCAUUGGAGAGCGCCACGCAUGGUGGUGAAGAUGUGGCCGUUUUUGCUUCCGGUCCGUGGUCUCAUCUCUUCACAGGCGUUUAUGAACAGAAUACAAUACCACAUAUGAUGGCUUAUGCGGCGUGUGUGGGCGAUGGUUUGAAAGCGUGCUAAAUGAAUUUGUUGGUUGUGAAAGCAUUAAAAUUAAAAUUUACCAACACUUAUUAAAACUAAA